AUGCCUGUGGAAGAUCGAACCUGCUGCGGCCGCCUCUCGCAGAAAUGGAUCUUCACGGUGGCGGCCUUCUUCGCCGUGGCCUGCAUGAUGGCCAUGCGCAUGACCCUGCCGCUCACCAUACCCAAGAUGGUGCCACGCCACGUGCACGCCGUCGAGUUCGAGGACGACGUCUGCCCGACGCCCGAACGGGUCAAACCCAUCACGGUUAAUAAUUACACUACCACCAACGUCAAGCUGGUGGAAGUCGCGGACGAGACGUACGACUGGGACGAGCUCACCCAGGGCGUCAUCCUCGGCUCGUUCUACUGGGGCUACGUGCUCAGUCACGUGCCGGGUGGCGUGCUCGCCGAGCGAUUCGGCGGCAAGUACGUCCUCGGCCUGGGUAUGCUCGGCGCCGGUGUCUGCACCGUGGCGACGCCCUGGACCAUCGACUGGGGUGGCGCCCGAGCUCUCAUAGUGCUGCGCAUCCUCAUGGGCCUGUUCGAGGGCCUCACCCAGCCCGCCCUCUCGGUCAUGAUGUCGCAGUGGGUCCCGCGGGAGGAGCGCUCGCGCAUCACCGGCUUGAUCUUCGUCGGGGGCACCUUCGGCGUCGGCCUCAUCUGUCUCGGUCUCGGGCCCAUCGUCGCCUCGGACUGGGGCUGGCGCGGCGUCUACUAUAUCUUCGGCGGCGCGAGCUGUCUCUGGUUCGGCCUGUUCGCCGCGCUCUGCUACAACAGUCCGCGCGAGCAUCCGUUCAUCGGGCGCGAGGAGCAGUCCAGACUCGGCGCCCAGCUGGCCGAGUGCACACAUCGGGACGCGCCGCCCGUGCCCUGGCGCCACCUGCUGACCUCGGCUCCGUUCUGGGCCCUCGUCGCGGUGACCUGCGGCAAGGACUGGGGCGCCUACACGAUCCUCAGCGAUCUGCCCAAGUACACCAUGAACGUGCUCAAGAUGACGGACGAGGAGAACGCCUGGCUGUUCAUCGGUGCCAACGUCUGCAUGACCACCUCGGCGCUGCUCUUCUCCUGGCUGUCGGAUCAGUUGAUAGUCCAUAACUGGAUGUCGGUGACGAACGUGCGAAAAUUGAUGACCAGCAUCGCGCUAACGGUGCACGGAUUUCUGUCCGUGUGGUCGGCCUACGUGGCCUGCGACAAGCUGCAGUACUUCGUGCUGUCGUUCGUCGGCACGUUCACGGUGGGCGCGAGCUUCCCGGGUAUACGCGCCAACACCCUGGAUCUGAGCCCGAAUUACGCGGGCACCGUCACGGCCAUCAGUCACGGCUUGGCAGGCCUGUGCGGCAUCGGCGGUCCCUAUCUGGUCGGCCUCGUCGCCGUCAAUCAGACCCUGAGCGAGUGGCAGCUCGUCUUCUGGAUCAUAUGCGCCGUCGGCGUCGCCACCAAUCUCGUCUAUCUGCUGCUGGGCAGCGGCGAGCUGCAGCCCUGGAACUCGCCCGACUUCCAGAGAAAGCGCUCGAAGCGAUAUCUCGUCGUGCCGCAGAGCCUCGAAAAAAUAAUAACAAUAAAAAAAAAUAAUCAAACAAUACCCAAAAAGUCUCGAUUUAUUUAUCUCGAAUUCAUCUGUGUACGUAUGAGUGACAUCUUCUCAUUGGUCGGUACAAGGGUGGAACGCAAACGACCGAGCUCCGCCAUUGGCUCGAAGAAUCGAGGGUGUCGCCUAUACGGCACGCUAUAA